AGACUCUUCUUCCUUCUACUGCAGUGCAGUAGCAUCCAAACAACCCGUCGUCCAAUCCGCUUCCAACAAGAUACCAUCAACAGCGACAAAGCAGCAGACAACGCGAGCUAGCGAGGGGAUGGACCUGUCGGGGGAGGAGCGGAGCAAGGGGCCGCCGGUGAGCUUCAGGCUGUUCGGCAUGGAGGUGCGCGUCGCUGGCGAGGAGGUGGUUGAGGGCGACCAAGAAGGGGUCGAGCUCAGGAAGAGCACCAGCAUGCCCAACCUCACCUCCAUCGACCCGCUGCCGCCGCCCGGGCAGUCCGCCGGCGGCAAGGGCUACGCCUCCGACGAUGCGGUGCUGGCGUCCAGGCAGCAGAAGCGCCGCCGCCGCAAGGCGCAAGAGAGGAAGAAAGGGAUUCCAUGGACCGAGGAGGAGCACAGGAAGUUCCUCGACGGCCUGAGGCAGCUGGGCAAGGGGGACUGGAGGGGCAUAUCCAAGAGCUUCGUGACCACCAGGACGGCGACGCAGGUGGCCAGCCACGCCCAGAAGCACUUCCUCCGGCAGACCAACCCCGACAAGAAGAAGCGCCGGGCCAGCCUCUUCGACGUUGGCAUCGCCGACUACAACGGUUACAACGGCGAUCAAGUGCCAAGCCCUCAAAGAAUUGCCAGUAAGCCUGCUCCUAAUCAGGAGAUAAUUCAUACUGACCGCGGCGAUGUCCCGGUACCAAGCUAUCCAGGUGUUGGAGGGCUUUUAGGCAAUAACAUGCAGGUUAAUGAACUAAUUAAUUAUUUCAAGAGAUCAAAGGCUCGUGCCGAGACAUCGCUCGCAUCCAUGGCCUCCGGUCUGAAAACAGCAUCAUCCGUCAGCAGCCUGGAUUUUAGCAUCGCCGUCAACAGUCUAGAGCUCAGCAUCGCGCCUCCUCGUGGCACCGGUGGCGCAACCGGGGCCAUCAAAGUGCUGUGAUUUGGGACGCCGGGCAUGGCUCAACUGUUGCAAUAUAUAUCAGCCUCAGGCAGCUGCUGCCUGUUCGAUCUUGCUGUUGCUGCUGUCAUGCUAACUUUGUGUUCAUCGUCGAUAGCGUGGCGGUUUUCGGCAGUUCUAUCUAUGUAAUACUACAGAAAGAAUGUUUGCUAAGUUUUGGCUGGUUGGUAUAAGUUGGAGAACAGAAAUCAGACAUACUAGUCGAUAGUUUGUAUUGUAUGGUGUUGGUUGCAAA